AGGUCAUAAAAAGUUUCAUAACGUGUUCUGAAUUCUCAAGCUUAUAAAUUGAAAUGGAACACAAUGUUUUCUCAUUCAAAUUUCUGCGGUACUAGCGGUGGUUUUGUUACAAUUAAGAAUGUUGCGCAUUGCAGUGUUACUGGCGCUGGUGGGAUGUUCUCAGCAGGUUGGAUUUUUGUUGAAUUCUUUCAAUAUGCCAGGAGCUGUGCAGUCUGAAGCAGCCUUCCGCAAACCAUUUUUCUGUCAUGAUUUGGACUGUCCAAGAUACACUGUUCUAGAGACUAACGACAAAUUCGAGGUUCGCAAGUACGAAGCAAGCAUGUGGGUAGCAUCGGAAACGGUGGCGUUUUACUACACAAAGCGUGAGAGUGACGCUAUGUUCUUUAAGCUGUUCCACUAUAUAUCAGGAAACAACUCCAUGAAUAUGAAGAUUGCUAUGACCACUCCAGUGAUAACAGAAGUACUUCACGGACCAGGUCCGGACUGUGAAAGCAACUUUACAAUGCACUUUAUGAUGCCGUACGCUCUGCAGGCAAAUCCACCACAACCCACAGAAUCAGGUGUUUUCAUCAGAAAUUUACCGGAAAUGACCGUUCUUGUUAAACAAUACGGUGGUUUUAGCACAGAUGAUUCAAAGAGAGUAAACUUAGAACAGCUCAUCAACGACUUGAACGCAGCCAAAAAGAAAUACCGGGACGACCGUUUCUUCACGGCGGGAUAUGAUGGACCAUACGCCAUUGAUAGACAUAACGAGAUCUGGGUGGCCGCUUUAUAAGCGGGCCUUUUAGUGCGAGAUUUAUUCGGACAGCGCAUAUAUUUCUAACAUGUGCUAAAUUUCAACGUGCAUAAUCUGAUCGAACUUUCAUUAGACUUAAGCUUGUCAUGGAAUAAAGAAUUAACAAUUGUAAAUGUAAACUUUACCUGCUUGCACAUACUAAAACGUAUAUUGUACAGACACUGUACAAGGCGAAUUCAUACGAAUUCAAAUUCAAUUAUUAAUUAUCAAUUAUUAAUUCAAUAAUUAAAAGCAACGAUAUAGAUUAUAUGGAACAUAUUUCAAUUCUAUCUCAUCUUUAUAUAUAUAUAUAUGGUUUAGAAUGUUUGUUUAUACCUCUUAAAAGAACAAGGACAAAGUUUCACGGUUUCUUUCUUAUCUUACUGACUUGCAUUAAACUUACUGAAAGAACAGUCAUGUACAUUGCCUGCGAGCAGGGGACACGUAGGCCCGAAUAGUAACAAAGUGCAUUUUGAUAUAUACAUGUAUGUACAUAAUUCCAUUAUAUUUGUAAUCACAACAUG